ACUUUUAAAGAUGGCGGAUUGUAAUGCUUUUUGUUGGCAUUAGAUAGCGUGUUUAUAAUAAAGAAGCAAUAAGCGCCAAAUAUUCAAUUCUUGAGCCUCUCGAACCGCAGUAUUCAUUUCUAAGACAUAUUUAUCCGUUUUAAAGAAGUUUGUAAUACAAAACAGAAGAGCUGCUGUUGUUUUACUUAAAAUAUAUGACUAAUACCACCAAUACCGUAAUGAUGCCAAUAGGAGGAGCUCCUCCGGUGCACGGCUCUAGUAGUUUAUCACAAAGUAAUACCUCACAAAAUGCUAGUUUAACACCUACAGGUGGAUCCAGCAAAUCCAGUAGUAGCUUGAAGCCAAAUUAUGCCCUUAAAUUUACGCUAGCUGGACAUACAAAAGCAGUGUCUUCUGUUAAAUUUAGCCCUAAUGGAGAAUGGUUAGCCAGCUCAUCUGCAGAUAAACUUGUAAAAAUUUGGGGAGCAUAUGACGGGAAGUUUGAAAAAACCAUUUCAGGACACAAACUAGGAAUAAGUGAUGUAGCAUGGUCCAGUGAUAGCAGACUACUAGUGUCUGGUAGUGAUGAUAAAACGCUCAAAAUAUGGGAGCUAUCCUCAGGUAAAUGUCUAAAGACUCUCAAAGGGCACAGCAACUACGUAUUCUGCUGCAACUUUAAUCCUCAAUCCAACCUUAUCGUUUCUGGUUCUUUUGACGAGUCUGUCAGAAUAUGGGAUGUGAGAACAGGAAAAUGUCUUAAGACACUGCCAGCACAUUCAGACCCUGUUAGUGCAGUACAUUUCAACAGAGACGGAUCUCUUAUUGUCAGUAGCAGUUACGAUGGACUUUGCCGUAUUUGGGACACAGCUUCAGGCCAGUGUUUGAAAACUCUCAUUGACGAUGACAAUCCACCAGUAUCCUUUGUCAAAUUUUCACCAAACGGCAAGUAUAUAUUGGCUGCUACAUUAGAUAACACGCUUAAAUUAUGGGACUAUGCCAAAGGAAAAUGCCUUAAGACUUACUCAGGACAUAAAAAUGAAAAAUUCUGUAUUUUUGCCAAUUUCUCAGUCACUGGUGGUAAGUGGAUAGUGAGCGGAUCUGAGGAUAAUCUGGUGUAUGUAUGGAAUUUGCAGACCAAGGAGAUUGUUCAAAAACUACAAGGACAUACAGAUGUUGUUUUAUGUACCACCUGCCAUCCCACGGAGAACAUCAUCGCGUCAGCAGCCUUAGAAAACGAUAAGACGAUAAAAUUAUGGAAGAGCGAUACUUAAAAUCUAAUCUAAUAUAUUAAUUUUAAGUUUUCUCUAGUAAAUAAGUUGAAGUUGUGUUGAUACAGAAAUAAGUAUUUUUUUAAGAUUUUAAUUUUUAAGAUUAUUGUACAAAUGCAAGAUUGGGUUCAUAAUUUUUUUCUCCAUGUUAGUUCAAUGUUAGAUGUUAUUUUUGACGAAAUAUAUUUUAAAGUUAAUAGGAAA